UCCGCGAUCCCAGCAUGCCCCUGGCGCGGCCGCUCUGCCCAACCCGCCCGUCUCGCUGCCCGCGGCACAUGCUCGGUGCGCGGGGCCGGCCCGGCCUCCUCGCGGCCUCCUCGCGGCCUCGGUAGCGGCAGGGUCCCGGAGCCCGGCAUGGCGCCCCCCACCGGCAGCGUGGUGGACAGCCAGGCCCCGCGGCUGGUGGCCGAGCAGCUGCGCUGGGACCUGAGCGCCGAGCAGAUCGAGCGCAUGGCCGCCGAGCUGACCGAGAGGACCAAGCUGGUGUACGACCGCGUGGGCGCCCAGGAGCGGGGAGAGGUGUCCUACGAGAACACCCUCAAGGCCCUGGCUGACGUGGAGGUGGAAUACACGGUCCGCCGGAACAUGCUGGACUUCCCCCAGCACGUCUCUCCCUGCAAAGACAUCCGCGCUGCGAGCACCGAGGCUGACAAGAAGCUCUCGGAGUUCGACGUGGAGAUGAGCAUGAGGCAGGACGUGUACCAGAGGAUCGUCUGGCUGCAGGAGAAAGCGGAGAGCGCUUCGCUGAAGCCCGAAGCUAAGAGGUACCUGGAGAGGCUGAUCAAACUGGGCAAAAGAAACGGGCUCCAUCUCCCCGAGGAAACGCAGGAGAAAAUCAAAGCUAUUAAGAAAAAGCUGAGCGUCCUCUGCAUAGACUUCAACAAGAACCUCAACGAAGACACCACCUUCUUGCCCUUCUCCAAGGAGGAGCUAGGGGGGCUCCCCGAGGACUUCCUCAACUCCCUGGAGAAGACCGAGGACGGCAAGCUGAAGGUCACCCUGAAGUACCCGCACUAUUUCCCUCUCUUGAAGAAGUGCUACGUGCCCGAGACGAGGAGGAAGGUGGAAGAAAUGUUCAACUCCAGGUGCAAAGAGGAGAACUGCCUGAUCCUCAAGGAGCUGGUGGACUUGCGGGCUCAGAAAGCCGGCCUGCUGGGCUUCAGCACCCACGCCGACUUUGUGCUGGAGAUGAACAUGGCGAAAAGCAGCAGGACGGUGGCCACGUUCCUGGAUGAGCUGGCCCAGAAGCUGAAACCCCUCGGGGAGAAGGAGCGGGCCGUGAUCCUGGACCUGAAAAAGAAAGAGUGCGAGAAGCGAGGGCUGGAGUUCGACAACCGCAUCAAUGCCUGGGACAUGCGCUACUACAUGAACCAGGUGGAGGAGACCAAGUACAGCGUGGACCAGAAUCUGCUGAAGGAGUACUUCCCCAUGCAGGUGGUCACCACGGGCCUGCUGGCCAUCUACCAGGAGCUGCUGGGGCUCACCUUCCACCUGGAAGAGAAGGCUCAGGUGUGGCACGAGGACGUCCAGCUGUACACGGUGAAGGACGCCUCCUCCGGGGAGACCAUCGGCAAAUUCUACCUGGAUCUGUACCCGCGGGAAGGGAAGUACGGGCACGCAGCCUGCUUCGGCCUGCAGCCGGGCUGCCUCCUGCCGGACUCCAGCCGGCAGAUCUCGGUGGCUGCCAUGGUGGCCAACUUCACCAAGCCCACGCCGGACGCGCCUUCCCUGCUGCAGCACGACGAGGUGGAGACCUAUUUCCACGAAUUCGGGCACGUCAUGCACCAGCUGUGCUCUCAGGCGGAGUUCGCUAUGUUCAGUGGGACGCACGUGGAGCGGGACUUCGUCGAGGCGCCGUCCCAGAUGCUGGAGAACUGGGUGUGGGAGAAGGAGCCGCUGCUGCGCAUGUCCAGGCACUACAAAACUGGAAGCCCCAUCCCCGACGAGCUGCUGGAGAAGCUCAUUAAAUCCCGGCAGGCAAACACAGGACUGUUCAACUUGCGUCAGAUCGUCCUGGCCAAGGUGGACCAGGCGCUGCACACCCAGACGAAGGCUGACCCCGUGGAGGUGUUUGCCCAGCUGUGCGAGGAGGUGCUGGGUGUCCCCGCCACGCCAGGUACAAACAUGCCGGCCACCUUUGGCCACUUGGCUGGAGGCUACGACGCGCAGUACUACGGCUACCUCUGGAGCGAGGUGUACUCCAUGGACAUGUUCCACACGCGCUUCAAGCAGGAGGGGAUCAUGAACUGCAAGGUGGGUAUGGAUUACAGGAACUGCAUCCUGCAUCCCGGCGGCUCCCUGGACGCUUCCGACAUGUUGAGGAAGUUCCUGGGCCGCGAGCCCAAGCAGGACGCCUUCCUGGCCAGCAAAGGACUGAAGGUGGAGAGCAACUCGCUGCCUUCAGCCUGCUAAGAAACUGCUCCAGCCCGUCUGAGUCGAGCCAGCUCCUUGUCUACGACACCCGGUACAUCCCAACGCGGCCUGGGCCAGCCCCGCCGGGAGCUGUUCCUCCAGGAUCCUGCUCCGAGGGCUCUGCAGUGACAGCUCUGCGCGGGGAAUUCAAUCCCCUUUGUCGCCCCCACCCCAAAGAACAGGGGAUGGGGCUGGCGCCAGCCCCCCAGAAUUGGCUGAACUUUGAACCCAGUUUCUGCACAAGGGUGAGUUUCAGCCUCAUCGUGAGCUGGGGAGGAGGGUGAGAGGAGGCAGCGAACCCAAAUCCUUGUUCUCAAGAAUCCUUUUAAAUUCCUUUUUAACCAACGAGACUUCCCCCAGGGCUUGGCUUGUUUUGUGCCCAGGGCAGACUUUGAGCACAAAACAAAGGACCCGAGGGAGCUCUUUUAGGAGCCUGGCUCUCCCCGGCUUUGGGCAGCUGUGGAAUAAAGAUGGGGAGAUCUUAGAAAUGGUUGCAUUUACCGCAGCGUCCUGCCCCGAGCCCCUCAGCUGCUCCUGAACAAGGGCUCUGGUGCGUGUGGCUCUUGCCUUCGCAGCCCCUUGGCCCCCCGGGGCCAUCUGAGGGCAGCUGAUGGCUGCCUUCUGGGCUCAGGCCACGGCAGCUAUUGCUGUCACCUCUAAGCCAGGGUGGAACAGGGGUGGGCCGUGGAAAAAAA